AUGAUUUACAGGGAUGGAAAAACUCAAUUACAAUUUAAAGAUAACUCUCCUAAUGUCAUAAAGCCUUCAGAAGAAGCAAUUAAUGCAUGUAGCCAAGUUCUCACUGCUACAUUCAAAUGUCUGCAGUCAAUAACACAAACACUGCGUGGUGUGAAGUAUUCUGUUGCUAUUCCAUGCAGGAAAAAAUCUCAUAGUGACUAUCAUUAUCUUUAUCGAUCACAUAAAUCUAACCUUUGUAAUCUUUGUUCUGCUCAAGUUAUUCAAAAUAAAUUUAGAUUUUGUUGGAGUUUAGCAGCAAAAAAGUGCAAAAUUUCAGAAGAAGAUGAUAUGUCUAAAUUUAUAAAUGUGACUCAAGAAAAACCAAGACCAACAGAAGUAUCAGCAACACCAGAUUCAGUUCCAGUGUAUGGAGCUAAAAUCAUUGAACUGGAGAAUCAGGAUGUUAAAGAGAAAGAAAUUUAUUUUGGUCAGCUGCUGAACAUGCUGUUUUCUAAUGCAUAUUAA